CGAGGGGGCUGCCCCAUAUCAUGUUCCGAAGUAAUAAAAGCACGCAGAGGGAGAGAGACGAAGCCUAAAACAGAAAACCCCAUUUUUCCCGGUGUUUUAAUAUUAAAGACGAGGCAUCUCUCUGGCAACCUAUCCAUUUCGAGAGCUCGCUCCCAUGAUUUUUUUCUCAACUAUAAAAAGCCGUUCAUCACAUCUGAACUUCGGUACUUGCCGCUGGUUACUUUGCAACGAUGGUCUCCAUCACUUCCGUUGAGUUGAAUUAUCUUGUCUUUCGUUACCUCCACGAAUCAGGUUUCACGCAUUCAGCUUUUGCUUUAGGAUAUGAGGCUGGAAUCAACAAGAGUCCCAUUGAUGGUAACUUAGUUCCACCAGGUGCUCUUGUUACAUUUGUUCAGAAAGGACUUCAAUAUCUUGAGCUGGAAGCAAACUUGAGUAAUAGUGAUGCAGAUGUGGAUGAUGACUUCUCCUUCCUUCAACCUUUGGAUCUUAUUACAAAAGAUGUCUAUGAACUGCGUCAAAUUAUAAAAGAGAAAAAAGAGAAUCUUCAAAAGGAGAGGGCAAAGGAUAAGGAAAAAGAAAAGGAUAAGGAGCUUGAUCGGGAACAUGAACGAGAACGAGGGCGAGAAAGAGAGAAGGAAAGACAAGAAAAGGAAAAAGAACGGGAAAAGGAUAGGGAGAGGAUAGAAAAGGACAAGGAGCGAGAAAGGGAAAAAGAGAAGGAAAAGCAGCAUGAGGAUCACAUUGAUAGAGAACAAAUUAGAGAUCGUGAAGAUAAGAGUACCAUCAAACCGGAAGACAAUGGAGUUUGUGGAGGGCCAGAACCAAUGGAUAUAUGUGUAAACUCCCCAUCUUUGCCUUGCGAAAUUCCUAGCUCCGAUGUAGCUAUUUUGGAAGGACAUACUUCUGAGGUUUUUGCUUGUGCAUGGAGUCCAGCUGGUUCACUUUUAGCAUCAGGGUCGGGAGAUUCAACAGCGCGUAUUUGGACAAUUCCAGAUGGACCUUGUAGCUCUAGUAUGCAAAAUGGUCCCCCUAAUGUGCUGGUCUUGAAACAUUUUAAGGGUAGAACCAAUGAGAAAAGCAAGGAUGUCACCACACUUGAUUGGAAUGGGGAGGGGACACUCCUUGCAACUGGUUCUUAUGAUGGACAAGCAAGAAUAUGGAGUAGAGAUGGGGAAUUAAAGAGUACACUAAACAAGCAUAAAGGACCCAUCUUCUCUCUUAAGUGGAACAAGAAAGGUGAUUGUCUUCUUAGUGGAAGUGUGGACAAAACUGCCAUUGUGUGGGAUGUGAAGACAGGGGAAUGGAAACAGCAGUUUGAAUUUCACUCAGCUCCAACACUUGAUGUUGAUUGGCGAAACAGCAACUCCUUUGCAACUUGCUCAACGGAUAACAUGAUUUAUGUUUGCAAGAUUGGAGAGAACCGCCCUAUUAAAACCUUUUCUGGGCAUCAGGGUGAAGUAAAUGCUAUCAAAUGGGAUCCAACUGGUUCAUUGCUAGCUUCCUGCUCUGAUGAUUCCACUGCAAAGAUAUGGAGUAUGAAGCAAGACAAGUAUGUGCACGAUUUGAUGGAGCAUGCCAAGGAGAUAUAUACUAUUAGAUGGAGUCCAACUGGGCCGGGUACAAAUAAUCCUAAUCAGCCAUUAGUGCUAGCAAGUGCAUCCUUUGACUCUACAAUCAAGCUAUGGGAUGUGGAACAAGGCAUUCUUCUGCAUAGCUUGAAUGGACACAGCGAUCCUGUAUAUUCUGUUGCAUUCAGCCCAAAUGGGGAAUAUUUGGCCAGCGGUUCUUUAGAUAAAUGCAUGCACAUUUGGUCGAUACGAGAUGGGAAGAUGGUGAAAACUUACACCGGUGGUGGUGGCAUAUUCGAAGUCUGUUGGAACAAGGAAGGUGACAAGAUUGCUGCCUGCUUCGCCAACAACACUGUAUGUGUCAUGGAUUUCAGAAUGUAGUUGGUUUUGAGUUUUCCUUGAUAUGUAUUCAGACGGUGGCGCUAUUGUGUAUUGUGCUAACAUUGUCAUUUCUCUGAUGUCACACAGUAAGGAAGUUCGGGUAGUUUGCGUUGUCUUUUUUAUCCUCGACGUAGUCAAAAGGCAUUUGUAUGUUUGCACUCA